CACAAGAACGCUGAUUUUCAAACAACUUUGAAUGAUGAUGACUUGCUGGAGUAUUCAGAUUAUCACUCAUGGAACUGAAACGGAGUACAAAUUUGAUAUACAUUUGUGAAUACCUUUGAGAUGUGCAACAGGAUAUCCACUAUCAACCAAUGUGUUACCGACAGACUCCUCUUAGAUUUCAUGAUGUCAUAAUAGCGUUUCAUAGUGUCAGGGUUUCCUUUACCUCAGGAACUUGACCCAUGUCCAGUGCUCCUUUAAUGAACUCUCCACUGUGUACAAAUUCUUGCCCAAUGGGGGAACGAUCACUGUUUUCCUGAUGUUCUCAGCUGCUGUAACUUCCUCCAUUUCUGUUUCUAAGAGCAUAAAACGUGCCAAAAACUGCAGCUCUGCUCUUAACAAGCCGACUGACUCCACACAACAGAGUGGAGAUUGAGCGAUCCGUAAAGAGGAGGAGGGCAGAAUGGAAAUGACAGAGGGCAUCUAUCCACAUGCCGAUUCCAAUGAAGUCGACAGACCCUCUAUGGGCAAAUGUAAAGCAGACAGAGAGGCUCUUAGGAAGUCUUCAAACUCCAAAGAUCCCUGGAAGACGGCUGCUGUGUGAUCUCCUGCUCUGUGGCAUGGCAGUUGUCAGUAUCAAACUGAUGGAGACCAAACAGUUACAGACCAGAUGCCAACAGAAACUGCAGCUGCUGUCAGAGUAUGAUAACAAGACCACAGAAUGCCAACAGCUGCAGAUAAGAUACAACACCAUCAAACGUGAGAAGUCCCAGUUAACGGACAUGAAGAACAAUCUGACCAGAGAGACUUCAAAGUUACAAACAGGAUUUCUUGAUUUGUCGAAGGAGAGAGAUGACAUAACAAAAGAAAAACAGCAAUUACAGAUAAGGAAAAAUGUGCUCAAAAGAGAGAAAUCCCAGUUACAGGACAGUUAUGAUAGUCUUAGUAGAGAGAACGUUAUUCUACAAGGCAAUUUUAGCAGUUUGGUUAGAGAGAAGUCCCAGUUGCAGAUAAGCUACACAAAUCUGUUGAAAAGUAAUGAUCAGCUACAGACCAAUUACAACAAAAUGGAUUUAGAAAAAUCUACAUUACAGGAUAUUUAUAACAUCCUGAAUUUAGAGAAAUCCCAGUUACAGAUUAGCUACAACAACCUCAAUUUAGAAAAAUCUAAAUUACAGGACAAAUAUAAUAACGCAAGUAGAGAACAUUCUCAGUUACAGACCACUUAUAACAACCUGAAUUCAAAACAUUUCUCUUUACAGAAUAAAUGUAACAACUUAAGCACAGUACAAUCUCUGCUACAGACCAGUUACAACAGACUAAAAUCUAAAUUACAAGAAAAAUAUAUUAAUGUUAUUAAAGAGAAAUCUCAGUUACAAACCAGAUACGACAACCUGAAUUCAGGGAAAUCCAAGCAGGAAAUCACAUGAAACAUUCUGAAUUCAGAGAAUGCGAAAUUGCAGGAAAAAUACAACAAUCUUACGAAAGAGAUAACUCAGUUACAAAGCUCUUACAACAACCUCAAUUCAG